AAAAUUGAAUAUUUAUUAUCUGAAACAAAUUGACAUAUUAUUGCAUUAGUUAAUUCCAUUUUUAGAAAACUAUCAAUUUAUGACGUCAUUAUAAGCGAUAACGAUUUCCAUUUUUUAUAAGAAUUGCGCAGAUAAAAAUUGCAAUACAAAGUAAUGCGCACUAUUUUUAUUCCCGGAGUAAGCCGGUUUUAGAUUUAGGAGGUGCGGCCAUCUUUGCGGCGGGAAUCUAGCCUUAGAAUUUUGUAGCGUGCUCUGGGCGGAGUCUGGUAUUCUGCCGAACAAAACCUCAUUUCUACAUCAUUUGUAACAUAAUUUCAUAUCUUUAAUUUCACUUAUUUAGUGAAAAUUUUUAUAAAAUAGUAGUCAAUAAUGGCCGACCGUGAAGAUAACGUGUAUAAAGCUAAGUUGGCAGAGCAAGCUGAGAGAUAUGAUGAAAUGGUUGAAGCUAUGAAAAAAGUAGCUUCUCUAGAUGUGGAGCUGACAGUAGAAGAGAGGAAUUUAUUAUCUGUGGCUUACAAAAAUGUCAUUGGAGCUAGACGAGCUUCAUGGAGAAUAAUCAGCAGCAUUGAACAGAAGGAAGAGAACAAAGGUUCUGAUAACAAGUUGGAAAUGAUUAAAGCCUAUAGAGUGCAGGUUGAAAAAGAGUUGAAAGAUAUCUGCCAAGAUAUUCUUGAUGUGCUUGAUAAACACCUUAUUCCUACUGCGUCAACUGGAGAAUCUAAAGUUUUCUACUAUAAAAUGAAGGGAGACUAUCAUCGAUAUUUGGCAGAGUUUGCUACUGGUAAUGACAGGAAAGAGGCUGCUGAAAAUAGUUUAGUGGCUUAUAAAGCAGCCAGUGACAUCGCUAUGACAGAAUUGCCGCCUACACAUCCAAUCAGAUUGGGCUUAGCUUUGAAUUUCUCAGUGUUCUAUUUUGAAAUUCUGAAUGCCCCUGAUCGUGCAUGCCGCUUAGCCAAGGCUGCAUUUGAUGAUGCCAUUGCUGAGCUUGACACUCUAAGUGAAGAGAGCUACAAAGAUUCUACACUCAUUAUGCAAUUACUGCGAGAUAAUUUGACACUAUGGACGAAUGAUAUGCAGCACGAUGGAGAAGGAGGCGAACAGAAGGAAGAAGCGGCUCCAGAAACUGCAGAUCAAGAAGUUUCUUAAAAAUAAGUGAUACUGUAAACAUCUCCAAUAACUCUUUAAGAGAACUUUGUGAGAAAAGACUAUUUUGCAUUGGUUGCCCCCCCCCCCCCUGUAGAGUUUUCCGUUUGCUCAUCUUGUGAAUACCUUGUAUCAUUUUUUUUGCUUUUUUUAUUUCUUAAAUCUUAUGCAUUCAGAAUAGAAGCCUAGCUGUUAUCAAAUUUUCGAUUAUUCCAAUUUAAUCUCAAAAAUUGAACUAUAGCUCAUUGUGGUUUGGAGUUGGAAAUGAAUCUUUAAAUAAAAAAAAAUAAAGCACCCUUUACGUAACUCUACUUUGUAAUUCCGAAUUUUUUUGUAAUUUGUCUAUUUAAUACUUUCCUGCUGCGCUCCAAACCCUCAAAAAAAUUGUUAUAUGUAGUUUGUGUAAGAAGAACAUAGUUUUAAUCCUUAUUUCAAAUUAGAAAAUUCUAAAAAGUUGUUUAAUAUAGAAUACUGCAUGCAUCAAAGAUGGUGAAUAGUUGUUAUUUCUACUAUUUAAUUUCCCAGCAGCUUUUUGGACCAAAUACAGUUGCUAUGUUUUUGAUGUGAUUUUUUUCUUUCUUUCCAUGUUCCAAGAAAUGUCUGUUUCAUAGAUGCAUGGGAAAAGUGACUAUAAAUUUGUACAAAACCUAUCAUGUCUGCAAGUUAACAUCAUUCCAUUAUUGAAAUUAGUUGUUUUUAAUAUAAAUUUGAAUUUUGAUUGCAGGCUUCUUAUAUUGUAAAGGGUGAUGUUAUUUAUACAUAGAAAUUGAAUAUUUAUUAAAUAAUAAACUGUAAAAUGUUUUUUCACGUCACUUCAAACUGUAUUUAUAUGAAAGUCUGCCCCCACACACACACCCGUGUAAAACUUUUUUAAAAGUCGAUGGAUGAAUUUGUCGCGGACGUACAUACCUGCCAACCUUUUAGACUGUUCAAUAAAAAGAUGUUUGCAAUUAUUCAGUUAUAUGAAAAACAAUUUGUUAAUUAUUUUCAAUUAUAGUAAAAUAAAUGUUUAGGUAAAUCAGGAAUUAAGCUGACAAGCUAUCUUGAAUUCUAAUAAUGAAUUAAAAUUUUUGAUUUUAGUAACUGUAAUAAUUAGUUUUUUUUUUCCUUCUAUAAACUUAUUGAUAUCAAAACUCGUGUUCUAGCAAUAUACUUAGCAAGCAGUUGAUAGAAUUCCCAGUUGUUGGCAGGUAUGGCUGUAAAUUUUGUUCCCAACCAUUUGCAUUCUUUAUACUAUGCUUUUUGGUCAUAGUGCCAGCCUGUGUAAAAUAUGUAUUUAUUUUUUAAAAAUGAUUUUAUUUCCUUUAAAUAAAAAAAAAUCGCUAGUUAAGAUAAUCAGCCCUUGCUUUAAUACCAUCGGCUCCUCUCCCCUCUGGACCCUUUCGGGUCAUUUUAGGGAUACUCUUUAGGUAGAUUCCAUCGAUUUCUUACAUUGAUGCACUGUAGUAUAUAUAUAAGUAUGUGGCCGUGUAUCUGUCUUGACAAAUAAAAGCUGUUUUCUGUAGUCA